UAAAUAGGCCCAUGUGGUUAGGGUUGAGCCCGUCCAAUGAGAACACGUAGGUUCAUAGAAUUGUCAAAUCUCUCGGUAUGUAAAAUACGCGAGAAAGGAACUGAGUUUGCUUGUUCCUUAGCAGUAGUGGACAUGGCGGCACUCAGAAGACUUAUUAAGGGAGCCCCAAAACCAUCUUUCCUUAUUCCUCCAACCUUUCUUCUUUCGCACAGAGGUAUCGCCUCCAAGCUUUUCGUUGGAGGUCUGUCCUUUUAUACCACGGAGAAGGGGUUAUUAGAUGCAUUUUCUCAGUAUGGUCAAGUUAUGGAAGCCAAAAUUAUAACGGAUAGGGUUUCAGAUAAAUCAAAAGGUUUUGGAUUUGUUACUUAUGCAUCUGAAGAUGAAGCUGAGAAAGCUAUAGCUGAGAUGAAUGGUAAGGAUUUGAAUGGACGUGUUAUUUUUGUGGACUAUGCUAAACCCAAACUUGCUAUUGGAGGUGGAAUGCCUAUUGCAAGAGGACCUCCGGAUCCAGUAGAUAAAUUACAUUUCAAAGACACAGGCACUGAGAAUUAGCUAUGAAGCUUAGGGAGCAUGCAAUUUAAUUUGGGAUCGCAGUAGGGAACUAAGCAUCAGCUGUAGCCACGGUUUUUAUAUCGGAUGAUGCCAUUAGAUGAUGGCCUUAUGCGAACACUUUUGGACCAUCCUUAGUGUCAACAAUCCCAGUUUUGAACAUCCCAGUUUCGUUAUUAUGUACUUUGAGUGGAUAAUAACUAGUUAGGGGUCACAAUUGGGCAUACUCUUAUCUGUUUUGGUUUGUAAAAUCCCUUUAUUUUUCAAACAAAAUUUUAUCAUUUUGGUGGCUAUAUCAUUUUAAAAUAUGAUUAUAGACCUUGAACAAAA